AGGAGGCCCAGGAUGGCGGAGAGACCGGAGGACCUGAACCUGCCCAACGCCGUCAUCACCCGCAUCAUCAAGGAGGCGCUUCCUGAUGGAGUCAAUAUUUCCAAAGAAGCCCGGAGCGCGAUCUCCCGAGCAGCGAGCGUGUUUGUGCUGUAUGCAACAUCAUGUGCAAAUAACUUUGCCAUGAAGGGGAAGAGGAAAACCCUGAAUGCUGGGGACGUGCUCUCUGCCAUGGAGGAGAUGGAGUUCCAGAGAUUCGUGGCCCCUCUGAAGGAAUCCCUGGAAGUUUACAGGCGCGAGCAGAAAGGAAAGAAAGAGGCCAGGAAAGAUAAAGACAAGAAGGCAGACUCGGAGGAGCAAGAUAAGAGCCGAGAGGAGGACAAUGAUGACGAUGAUGAAAGGAUGGACGAGGAAGAACAAAACGAUGAGGAUGAGGUGGACAACUGAGCUGGCUCCUGGGCAGGGGCUGGGGUGUGCUCAGAGGGGUAUAAACGCUGUAAAUCAACCUUGCUGUGUCCCCUCGUGUUUCCAUUGGAGCUUUGUGCUGCCCCUCCGUGGCCUGUCCCUUCUGGCCUGUCAUUUGUACAUAAAGGACUCGUGCUGAA